AAUUUCAUAAGCUUCAUCUCAUCUCUUUCAUCUCAUCUCUACUCUUUCAUCCCAAAACACAAAAAGUCCUUAUACCAUGAAAGCCCUUAUUCUUGUUGGAGGUUUCGGUACUCGUCUCAGACCCCUCACCCUCACUCUCCCAAAGCCUCUCGUCGAGUUUGCCAACAGACCCAUGAUUCUCCAUCAGAUUGAAAGUCUAGCAAAGGCUGGCGUCACUGAUAUCGUAUUGGCUGUCAACUACCGCCCCGAAAUCAUGGUGGCUGCACUGAAGGAGUACGAGAAGGAAUACAACGUGACCAUCACCUUCUCUGUUGAGACCGAACCUCUUGGCACAGCUGGUCCUCUUGCUUUGGCUAGAGAGAUUCUCUCCAAAGACGAUAGCCCAUUUUUUGUAUUGAACAGUGAUGUCAUUUGCGAUUAUCCCUUUGAGCAGCUGAGAGAUUUCCAUAUCAAUCACAGAAACGAGGGUACCAUUGUGGUCACAAAAGUAGACGAUCCUUCAAAGUACGGUGUCGUUGUCAACCACUCUUCAUCAACAAAGAUCGACCGUUUUGUUGAGAAGCCAAAGGAGUUUAUCAGCAACAAGAUCAAUGCUGGUAUCUAUAUCUUUAACCCCACUGUCCUUGACCGUAUUGAGUUGAAGCCCACUUCAAUCGAAAAAGAAAUCUUCCCAAGAAUUGCCCAGGAUGGUCAGCUCCACACCUUUGAUCUCGAUGGAUUCUGGAUGGAUGUCGGCCAGCCCAAGGACUUCCUGACCGGAACCUGUCUCUAUCUGACCCACAUGUCCAAGAAGCACCCCCAGGAACUCGCCAACCCAAGCAUCGACUAUGUCCACAAGGGUAACGUGCUUGUCCACCCAACCGCAAAGAUCGGCAAGGACUGCCGUAUCGGUCCCAAUGUCGUAGUAGGUCCCAACUGUGUUAUUGGUGAUGGUGUGCGUCUGCAGAGAUGUGUGAUUCUCGAGGGCGCCAAGAUCAAAGACUUUGCCUGGGUCAACUCUAGCAUCGUCGGCUGGCACUCUUCAGUUGGUCGCUGGUCUCGACUCGAAGGUUGCUCUGUUCUCGGUGACGAUGUCACAAUCAGCGAUGAAAUCUAUGUCAACGGUGGCUCAAUCCUCCCACACAAGACUAUUUCUGUCAACAUCACUGAGCCCCAAAUUAUCAUGUAGAUAUAUAUAAUACUUUUUCUUUCUUUUUAUAUUAUUUUUAUUUUUAUUUUUAUUAUUUUUAUUAUUAUUCGUCCUCUAUCCCUCCAUCUCUCCCUCUCUUACUUUUCCCUCUUACCACUUCUUUUACCCUCUUCCUUUUCUUUCGCCUUAUCCUAUUCUAUCCUAUAUUACUAUUAUAUAUAUAUAUAUACUUCUUAUAUUCUUCACAAGCUUACACACACCAACCAAAACCACAACUACAACAUCUUCAAUUCAAUUCAAUUCAAUUCUAAUUCUUUUUUUUUCAUAUAAAUUUAUAUUAAAAAAAAAGAAACCAAAAAUUAAACCAAAAAAAAAAUCAGCAAAUUUUACAUUCAAAAAAGAAUAUUUACUUCUUGCCUACUCUCUUUCUCUCUCUCUCUUUUUCUUUCUUUUUUUUUGAUAUUUAAAUUGUAUUUUGAAUUAUUACUCUAAAUUUAUUUAUUUAUUUAUUUUAAUGCAUAAUUGAAACAUAAUAAUAAUAAUAAUCGACACAUUUUUGAAACACAAUUUUUACAAAU